UUUCUCCUGUGAGUUGUACGCGCGCGUCCCUUCGUUAGGACCGGCUUCCGUGUCGUACAGCCUUUAGGCCCUAUAGCCUCGAGGAACAGACAGAACCGGCGUUGUGUUAGGAAUAAAUUCCUCUCUGCAUCCUGGAUUCCCGCAGGAUCGGGGAGGAUCGUAUUGUUCAUCAUGUACCAUAGACUGUCAAGGUCGCUGGGGCUCCUAAUAUUUCUUAUAGCAGCACAUGUUCACGAUACUUUCGCAAAACACCAUCAUAUAAAAUUAAGACACGGGAGGCAUCGUCGGCAACACGGCGGCAGUUAUCUGCCCGGCAACUUUGUGCCGGACACGGACGAGCCCGAGAGAGGUAACUGGGGACCAUGGUCGACGCCAAGCUCCUGUUCGCGCUCCUGCGGCGGCGGAGUCGCCCAUCAGACGAGACAGUGUCUUGACAUAGAUGACAGCGGUCAUGACAGGUGUACCGGUGCCUCCAGGAGAUUCUUCUCGUGCAACAUUCAGGAGUGUCCCGGCGAGCCGACGGAUUUCCGAGCGGAGCAAUGCGCGGAAUUCAACAAUGUACCCUUCGAAGGAACGUAUUACGAUUGGAUUCCGUACACCGGAAGUCCCAAUAAGUGUGAACUAAAUUGCAUGCCGCGUGGCGAACGAUUCUUCUACAGGCACAAAGUUGCCGUCGUCGACGGUACUCCUUGCGAAUCCGAAAAGAAUGACGUUUGCGUCAAGGGUAAAUGCAUGCACGUCGGAUGCGAUAUGAUGCUGGGCAGCGAUGCCAUGGAAGACGCAUGCAGAGAAUGCGGCGGCGAUGGCUCAGAUUGCAAUACCGUUACCGGUUUGUUCGACACAGAUGAUCUCCAAGUGGGUUAUAUCGAUAUUCUGCUCAUCCCCAAGGGAGCGACGAAUAUCGUUAUAAAGGAAAUCCAGCCAUCGAAUAAUUAUCUCGCCAUACGAAACACAACGGGACACUACUAUCUGAACGGAAAUUGGAGGAUAGACUUUCCUCGUAGCUUGCGCUUCUCGGGCACGAACUUUCAUUACGCCAGAGAUCCUCAAGGAUUUGCUGCUCCCGAUACCAUCACGGCCUUGGGACCGACGAAUGAACCGAUUUAUGUUGUGCUGCUCUACCAAGAUCGCAACGUAGGUGUGCAUUACGAGUACAGCAUCCCGAAGAAAUUCUCGUCGCGCACAGAUCCGGACAGUUACACCUGGGUAACCGAUCAAUUCUCCAGUUGCAGCGCCAGUUGCGGCGGAGGCUAUCAAUCAAGACGGGUGGCCUGCGUGCGAAGACGCGACAAUCAACCGGUGGAUGAGAGUCUGUGCGAUCCGCAACUGGAACCAUCCGACACGCAAGGCUGCAGCGAGGAACCCUGUCCGCCCAUGUGGGUGGAGGGUCCGUGGUCCACGUGCACGAAACAUUGCGGUGAAGGAGGCGAGCAAACGCGAGAGAUUAAAUGCGAACAGGUCAUCUCGGGUGGGAUAGCCAGCGUGGUGGAUGAUUCCCAGUGUCUGGAAAAGGUGGGACCGAAGGGGCCCGUUAAGCAGGAAUGCAACAAGGACGUGGAUUGCCCGCAGUGGCACGAGGGACCCUGGAAACCCUGCGAUCAUAUAUGCGGGCCCGGUAAGCAAACAAGAGCAGUCACGUGCUACAGAAAAGUGGACGGCAAGAUCCAAGUGCUGGAAGAUGAAGCGUGUGAAACGGAAGUGCCUGAACGUGAGAAAGCUUGCGAGUUGAGACCUUGUGCCGGUCUCGAUUGGAUCACCUCGGAAUGGAGCGGAUGCACAGAGAAAUGCGAUCUUACCAAAGAGACUAGAACCGCUCAUUGCGCUACCCAAAACGGCACAGUUUACUCAGAUGACUUGUGCGACGCAGACAAGAAGCCAGAACUGGAAAGAGAAUGCGAGAAAGCCAAAGAGUGCGACUUCCAAUGGUUUACCUCACAAUGGAGCAAAUGCUCGGCAGAAUGCGGUUCCGGCGUUCAAACGCGUAAAGUAUUUUGCGGCACUUUCAAAGAUGAUGUGGUGACAAAAGUAUCGGACGAUAACUGUGAUCCCGAAGAGAAAUUCGAAGACAGCAAGAAUUGCACUGCAAAGGAACCGUGCAAGGGUGAAUGGUUUGCAGGACCUUGGAGCGAGUGCUCGAAGCCAUGUGGCGGCGGCGACAUGACCCGUAAAGUGAUUUGCAUGAAGGAUAACAAAACGGUGUCUGUGAGCCAGUGUGACGCCGACACCAUCAUGUUCUCCACCGAAGAAUGCAACGAUCAACCUUGCGAAGAAGGCAUGACAUCAACCGAAGAACCAGGUGAGAAACUAACGGAUGAAGAAGAAUGCGAGGAAGAGGAAGAGACGGAUGCUGUUGAACAUGGUCUCCCUGAAGGGAAAGCGACAUUGGCCAAGCUGAUCCAAGAAACGGAACCGACGCCUCUGAGCUCGCCGUUUACCGGAAGUGACAUUUACGAUACCAUGUUUAGCGAUUCGACGAGGGGCGAUAUAUCGCCUUCCGAUCUGGGUAGCGGCGAGGGUAGCGGCGAUGAGGACGACUUUACCACAUUCGAUGCUGGCUUCUUCAGCAGCACCAAUUUCGAUACCGAUUCCACCGCUGUCGAGGAGAGCGAAAGUCCGGUGAGCGGAACGACAGAAGGCAAAACCGGUACGACGGAAUUCGGAACAGAGGUCACCCAAUCGUCGGAUAUCAGCGAAGGUACGGAUGUGACGUUUGAAGGUUCCGGUACUACUGUCGAGGAAGGAUCCGGCACAAGUCCUGAAGAAGGAUCCGGCGCGAGCGCAUCUACAGAUGCGAUUACUGAAGAAAGUACAGUGGAAGGAACUCAAGCAUCAACGUCAGCUGUAACUGCAGAAUCCGGCAGCUCCAGCGAAACUGCCGAAUCUACCACCAGUGGAAGUUCGGAAAAAUCAACGUCUGAAUCCAACGAGACUGGAUCCAGCGAUACUGGAGCCAGCGAAACUGGAUCCAGUGGCGCCACGACUGAAUCAGUUGAUGCCACUGGUUCAACGGAAAACACAGUCUCAUCCGAAUCGACAGACUCUACCGAAACGAAGGUAACAGACACCACUGAUACGGUGACGACCGAUUCGACGGAAACGCAAACUACUGACCCGACAGAAUCUACUGACCCGACAGAAUCUACUGACCCGACAGAAUCUACAGACACGACCGAAUCCACGGAAUCUCCUCCAAGUACGUCUUCUUCGGAGACAGAGACUACAGUUACGGAAGAAACAGAAACAACCGGAAGCGCCGGAACUACCGAAUCAAGCGUUACAUCCGAAGAAGCGACUGAGACGUCAACAAUAGCCUCUUCGUUGACGACCGAAUUAAAUAAAGUACAAGGCGAAUACGAUUUUAAUUCGGAAGAACAGAGUACCGAGAUUGUAACGACGGAAUCGGCUACUACAGGAGAAACCGAUCUCACUACGGAAGAAAGUACUGUUUCCGGGACGAGCUCGUCCGACGAGACUGCAACUACCGGCAGUGAAGUAACUGAAACAACCGAAGCAACCGAAUCGGAACAAACCACAGAAUCAGGCGAGACGACUAAAUUCAGCACUGAAUUAACUGAGACAACAGAAUCCGGAUUGACAACCGAAUCCAGCGAAGUCACCAGUACGUUAAGCGAGACCACGGAAUCGGGCGGGACUACAGAAUCCGAAAUUACGGAAACCACCGAAUCAGGUGCGACGACGGAAUCGGGAGAGACAACUUUGUCUGGCGAAACGACCGAAUCAUCGCCUACGACGUCGUCUCUCGAGGAGACAACGGUGUCCGGAGAGACCACCGAGACGGAAGUUACGUCCUCCACGGUCAGCGGAGAAACCGAUCUUACCGAAAAGACUCACGUUACGGAGAUUUGGACAACCAGUUUCCCGGAGACGACGCAGAAGCGACAGUGCAAACCGAGAAAGAGCUGCAAAAAGACACCGUUUGGAUGUUGCUAUGAUGGCAUCACCGCUUCUAAAGGGCCAUUCGGUCAAGGUUGCCCGACACCCCAGACGUGUAACGAGACGGUAUACGGAUGCUGUCCCGAUGGCGUGUCACCGGCCACUGGUCCGAAGAAUGCCGGUUGUCCCGAUUCUCAUUGCAACGAAUCGCUCUUUGGCUGCUGUCCGGACGGCGUUACCACGGCGCAAGGCAACGAUUACGAAGGAUGCAAGAAACCAUGUGGAGAAACAGAAUUCGGAUGUUGCCCGGAUAAUGAGACCGCAGCUGAUGGAAAGAAUAAUCUGGGAUGUUGUAACAUUACCAAGUUCGGUUGUUGUCCGGAUAAUAUCAAAGCUGCUUCGGGUCCCGGUGGCGAAGGUUGCGAGGAAGAAGUCACUUCCGAAACAGCUGAAACGGAUAUGUAUGAGACAACGACGCAGCCAAUUUCGCGCGAAGAUUGCGCGAACACCACCUACGGCUGUUGUCCUGAUGGUGUUACCAUUGCGAAUGGCACGAACUUCGCGGGAUGCGGUGUCAUUAAUACCGAAAAUUGCAGCGCAUCCUAUUUCGGAUGUUGCCCUGACGGAGUUUCUGCAGCUCUCGGUCCGGAUAACUACGGCUGUAGGAUGCCUUGCCACGAUAGUGCUAAUGGAUGCUGCGAGGAUGGGGUAACACCGGCGCACGGACCAAACAACGAGGGAUGCUGCUUAUCGACCCCGUACAAAUGCUGUCCGGAUAACAUUUUGCCGGCGCGUGGACCAAACUUCUACGGCUGCGGCUGCCAAUACACGAGAUUCGGCUGUUGUCCGGAUAAUUCGACGGCGGCACGCGGACCGAGCAACGAGGGCUGCGGCUGUCAAUACACGCCUCACGGUUGCUGUCCGAAUCGGUUCACUCCCGCCAGCGGACCUAAUUUCGAGGGAUGCCCGUGUUACACUUAUCAAUUUGGAUGUUGCCCCGACGGUGUCACCAUCGCCAAGGGUUCUCAUGGUCAAGGUUGCGGAUGCGAGAAUACGCAAUACAAGUGCUGUUCGGACGGCCGGACUCCGGCGACAGGACCGAACUUUGCCGGAUGCACUUGCGACGCUUCGCAGUACGGAUGCUGUCCAGAUGGAAUCGAGGACGCUCAAGGGGAGAACUUUGAGGGUUGUCUUUCGGUACCGUCGAUGCCCGGCGCCGCCUGCGGUUUGAAGAAGGAUAGGGGCUCCUGUAGAGACUUCACAGUCAAGUGGUUCUACGACACCGAUUACGGCGGCUGCUCGAGAUUCUGGUACGGAGGCUGCGAGGGUAACGAGAAUCGAUUUAAAACGCAGGAAGAGUGCAAAGAAGUUUGCGUUCAACCGAAAGGAAAAGCUGCUUGCUUCUUACCAAAGAUCGCUGGUCCUUGCGAAGGAUAUCAUCCGACAUGGUAUUACGAUGCCGCCAGGAAACAGUGCGGUCAAUUCAUUUACGGCGGUUGUCUCGGUAAUGCUAAUAAGUUUAAAACUAGGGAGGAAUGCGAAGAACUUUGCGUCACGCCAGACGACAUUGAUCCUUGCGAUCAAUCAAAAGAGACAGGUCCUUGCGCAGGCAACUUUACAAAGUGGUACUUUAAUCAAGAAUCGCAAGCUUGCGAGCAAUUCUUAUAUGGUGGCUGUAAAGCGAACAACAACAACUUCCCGACAGAGAUUGCGUGUCAUCAGCAAUGUUUGCAGCCAGGUCGAAGGAAAGAUAUUUGCAUGUUGCCGCGGGCGGAGGGUACGUGCAUGGAGAAGCAAUCUCGAUGGUACUUUGACCAAUCGGAGAAUCGUUGCAUGCCAUUCUAUUACACUGGCUGUGGCGGAAAUAAAAAUAACUUUGAAUCUAGAGACGUAUGCGAGUCUGAUUGUCCGCCCAAGAUCGAACAAGAUAUUUGUCUCCUGCCUGCCCUCAUGGGUGAAUGUCACAAUUAUACUCAACGAUGGUACUACAACUCUUACGAGCAGCACUGCCGACAAUUCUAUUACGGUGGAUGCGGCGAGAAUGAGAAUAACUUCAUGAGCGAGCAGGAUUGCGUCAACAGGUGCGAGACGACCGUCACUACGCCAUCCCCGCCAGGACGGGAAGUCGAGUUUAGAUCAGAAUUCUGCUUCCUGCCCGACGAACACGGCCCGUGUUCCGAGAAUCAGGUCAAGUGGUUCUACGACAGUCGCGACGGUGUCUGCAAACAAUUCCGAUACGGAGGCUGUCAGAGCAACGGCAACAAUUUCAAUAGCCGCGAGGAGUGCGAGUACCGCUGCGGAGAGCUUCAAAAUCCUUGCACGCUACCAAAAAUAGUCGGUCCCUGCAAUGGCUUCGUGCAGCAGUUUUACUAUGAUCCACGCAGCGAUUCCUGCUACGAGUUCGAGUACAGCGGUUGUCAAGGUAAUAAGAAUCGCUUCCAGGAUAGAGAAUCCUGCGAAAGACAAUGCACUCGGCAGCCGGCCGUCAUUACACCAUCGGAAAUUACUCGAGGACCGCCGAUCGAAGAACCGAAGAGCCAGAUCUGUUUGACACCGGUCGAUUCCGGCGAUUGCGAUGACUCCAUCACCGCGUAUUAUUACGAUGCUCAGCAUCAGAUGUGUCAGGCGUUUAUCUACGGAGGCUGCGGCGGUAAUGCUAAUAAAUUCCAGACCGAAGAACAGUGCGAGCGACUUUGCGGAAGGUUCCACGGACAAGACGUAUGCAACCUUCCCGUGGAUCCCGGCACGUGCAGAGGCGCUUUCCGCAAAUAUUACUACGAACCGAGCUUACGUGCCUGUCGUGAAUUCAGUUACGGUGGAUGCGAUGGUAACGCGAACAGAUUCAGCACUAUCUCCGAAUGCGAAUCCAUCUGCGUGCAUCACGAGGAGCCUGUGGCCCCCGGAAACGACACUAGCGUUUCGAAUCUAUCGAUCUGUAAAGAACCGGUUGAUAGUGGGUCUUGCACAUCUGGUUCUGCCAAACGAUUCUACUUCGACGAGGAACGCCAAACGUGUCUAGCGUUUAUUUAUACCGGAUGUGGUGGCAAUCGAAACAGAUUCAAGACUUUCGAAUCAUGCAUUAAUAGUUGUCUUAGGACAAGUAACGAAAUAGACGUGGACUCCAAAGACACGAAAGAUCUUUGUGCGGAGGCCAAGGAAGAAUGUAACAUCGUCCGCUGUCCGUAUGGCAAAGAACAAUACGUGGAUUCACAAGAUUGCGAACGCUGUCGUUGCGUCGAUCCUUGUAGAACGAAGAUCUGCCCCGAGGGAACUCGAUGUGCCAUUACGUUAGUCGCUGUGCAAGAAGACACGGAGUAUAAGGGCGUUUGUCAACCAAUCGUUAAACCCGGGCGUUGUUCAAGAGUAUCUAACAGCACGCGAUGCGAGCAAGAAUGCGUCACGGACGCGGAUUGUCCCGGAGAGACGAAGUGUUGUGACAAUGGCUGUGGUACAUCCUGUUUGGAACCCGCACCGGAAGAGCCGUUGACGACAACGUCACAACCCGUUGUCACCCCACCGCAAUACGGAGGUGAACCCGCGACGAUUCAACAACCCGACGAACCUCGCGUCAGCGCACAGGAGGGCGGUUAUGUCACGUUAAAGUGCGUCGCUCUGGGAACUCCCAGACCGAUUAUCACAUGGAGGAAGGAUACCACAUUGAUCGGACCCUCCGAGAAGAGACGACGUAUACUGAGCGAUGGAUCUCUUCAGAUUAUUAAUUUAUAUACUUACGACAGAGGAACUUAUGUAUGCACCGCUGAUAAUGGCGUAGGACCACCGGUAAGACUGGAGUAUCAAUUGGAAGUCACAGACCCGGAAGAGCUUCCGGUAACCAUCAUUGGAGAGCCUGACAGUCGUAUAACGGUGACGAUGAAUUCGCCGAUAACUCUGCAUUGCUAUGCAAUGGGUUGGCCGAGGCCAUUUGUCACCUGGUGGCGUGGUGACCGCAUGUUGCCCUUGUCCUCGCAGAAUUACGAGCAGGAGAGCGAUUAUACUCUUCUGAUACGUUCGGUAACCUUGACCAGCCUCGGUGUUUAUACCUGCCAAGCCUAUAAUGGCAAAGGUCCACCAGCGUCGUGGUCAACGACCCUACAGGCAAUCGGGCCCGUCUACAAUGUUAAACCUGAGCACGAGGAAUAUACCAAAUACCUCGUACAACCCCCGAAGAGACCCACUACCGAGAAACCGCAGUAUCCUUACAGACCUACUAGAACGCAAUCCCCCGAAUAUCAGACUUAUGCUCCCGUUUAUCCCUCGAAGCCACCUCGCAUACCUCAAGUUAUCCCUCUUCAAUCCACCACUGUUGAAUCCGGCGGCGCCAGGUUUAAAGUACCGGUCAAAGUAAAUGUAUCAGCAGGACAAUCACAUUUCCCCGAAGGCAGUGACAUAAGCAUUUCUUGUACCGUGGAUGGUUAUCCUAUUCCACGUGUGCUCUGGUAUAAGAAUGAUGAGCUUAUUCGAACCGAUAAUCGAAUUAAGAUUUCUGAACUCAAUCGGCUUAUUAUCAGUAAUGCAAAUAAAGAGGACUCCGGUCGAUAUCGAUGCGAAGCAGCCAAUGAAUAUUCUUCAGAUUCCGAAAGCGUUGAUAUACGCGUAGCUGGCAUCUUCAUUCAUCCUCAUUGCCAGGACAACACGUUCUUCGCCAAUUGCGAACUUAUCGUGGAGGCGAAAUUUUGCACGCACACGUAUUACGCGAAGUUCUGCUGUCGAUCGUGCACAGAGGCCGGCCAGCUGCCAGCGAGAGGACCCCAUAUCGAUAACGCGAAGAGAAGAAGAAGGAGAUCCAUUCUACGAAUGCUCGUCUAAGAUACCAAAUCGACUCUUCGGUAUUUCCGACUCACACGUGAUAGCACAUAUCGAUCUUGGAUCGUGGCCGGCGGGAUACGCGACAGAGAAGGGAAACUGAGAGGAGAGAAUCAUGCGCGCAUCUCCAUCUGCCUCCCUAUAUCGGACGUACCGAAUAAUCGACUUGUUAACUCACUGCCAAAGCCUUAGAGCGUUUAUACAUAGAUAUAAUAUAUAUACAGUAUCCAUCUUUAAACGUGUGCGACUUGCGUGAUCUCACGCCUCUCUAUCCAUGUAUAUACGAUCUGACGCUGAAUCCUAGUCCGACGGAGCCAUAUUAGGCGGAUUAAUUAACUUGUUCUUAAUGAGAGACCAGUGGAAAAGCGCGUCGCAACUGCGCGUGUCUCUCAGACGACAUUUCGAGGUAAUCAAUGUCGCCUGAUUAAAGCACGUAGAUCGUGUUAUCGAGUCUACGGGAAAAAUUAUUUCUAAUUAGUAUUCCUUUAAACAUAUAUCUCAUAUGCCAUAAUAAUAAAAUUGCAAUUUUCGAAAUUUUAACUAUUAACAGCUAUGAUAAUUUAUAAGAUAUUUGUAUAUGUACCUUCCCGUGGUGACGCGAUCGCGCAAGCUCCUUCUGUGCAACCGACUUGUCAAAGAUUCGAUAAUUCCCGCCCGAAAACACGAUCUGAAGAGUCUCGAUCGAUAUGACGAUAUAGCGUGACCAUUUUUUUCUCAUGCAUCAUAGUGUCAGUCAAUGACGCGUGCACGACGUCAUGAAAAAGAAAAGAUAUAUAUAUGAUAUGAUGUGUAUGAAGUAAAAAUUUUCUCGCGUAGAAUAUUGUCUAAGUCAAGUGGGAUCCUUGUCCCCCUCAUUGAACACACUGUGCUGCGUGAUUAAAAAAAGGAUCCUGUACCUAUUUGUAUUAAGGAUAUUACGCACGUUACGUUGUAUAAUAUAAAUAGUUUAUUAUUCUCAAUAUGCCAUUUAUAUUCUAUGAUAUUGUUAUUACUUGUUUCUUAUACUCGAAUUAUAUAUUGCCAUAUAACGCGCGUCGCCGCCAAGAUAAAUUACAUUAUUACUUUGUUCAGAAAAAAAAGAGAAGAAUGGAUCGUAAACUUUUCAUGAAAAACGAUAAUCAAUAAUCAACAGAUAGUUUCUUUAAAAAAUCAAGAUAAUGAACAAGUUCAAUCUUGAGAAUUUUACAAAAAAAUAAAAAGAAGCACAAUGUUUAAGUACGAAUACACAAACACACAGACAUGUAACUCUAUUCGCGCGAGCAGCGUAAUUUCGUGCCCAACUUGCAACAUUCUUGACUUGUGUGUCUCGUUAUAUCUUAUCGUAAGACAUAUGUACGAAUAAUCAAUUUUUUACCGUAUUUUCAACCAAUUAUAUAUCUUUCGCGCGUAAAUCUAUUACAUUUAACGUUUGUUCCUGACGAAGCAUUUUAAUCGUAACUAUUAAUUAUAUAUUACAUUUGCUAUUUCGCUAGAUGCAUCGUCAUUCAUGAUAUAUUCGAUAGAUUAUAGAGAUACCAAUCGAUUAGAAAACGAGAAGAGAUACCAAACUGCAUUUAUACACACUACACACACACACAUACACGAACACACAUAUCAUAAGUGUAAAUCAUAAGAUGAAAUUGACGUGUCGCGAGCCUCUAGGACGACUCUCUUGAUUGUUUCGUACUUGUACCGAUCGAUUCAGUAAAACGCAGUGCCUUAUUA